AUGGAUGGUUCCUGCAAUAAAAAUAUUGUUGUGUUUGGUUUUCUUUGGUUGCUUACCUUAUCAGAUGUUGAUUUAUACAUUUACAGCGCAUCCUCUCAAGCUCAGUGCCCUCGAAAUACUUCAAACAGGCUUGCCUCUUGGUCUCCCCAUGAAAUUAAUUGUUGCAACUGGGAGUUCGUUGUUUGUAGCAACAUCACAGGCCACAUUCUUGAGCUUCACCUCACAACUCCACCUCCUUCAGAGUUAUAUGAGACAUCAAAGUUUGGUGGUGAGUUACAUUCUUCUAUGCUUGAUUUGAAGCAUUUGAAUUGCCUAGACUUGAGUGGUGAUGAUUUCGGUGACAUGCAAAUUCCUACUUUUCUUGGUUCAAUGGCUAGCUUGACAUAUCUUAACCUAUCUCAUGCUCGGUUUCGUGGAAGCAUCCCUCUUCAUUUAUGGAAUCUUUCCAAUUUAAUCUAUCUUGACCUUAGAGCUAAUCAUUUUGAAGGAAGUAUUCCUCAUCAAAUUGGAAGUCUCUUCAAUUUGAUCUACCUUGACCUUGGAAAUAAUUAUCUUAAUGGAAGCAUUCCUCAUCAAAUUGGAAAUCUCUCUAAUUUGGUCCAUCUUGGCCUUGGAGGUAAUGAUUUUAGGGGAAGCAUUCCUCAUCAAAUUGGAAACCUCUCAAAUCUAAACUAUCUUCAACUUGAAGGUUUUUAUCAAUUUCCCAAGGAUGGAUAUGUACUGAUGUCAACAUCUAUUGAAAAUCUUCAUUGGCUUUCAGCUCUGUCUUCACUCCAAUAUCUUGAGCUCAUUCAAGUAAACCUAUCCAAUGCCUUUGAUUGGUUGCAGGUUCUACAUUCACUUCCCACCUUGAGAGAGUUGCACUUGUCAGACUGUCCCUACUUUCCUUCAUGGAUUCAGUCACUAAACCAUCUUUAUUAUUUGGACAUCUCCAACACAAAGAUUUCGGAUUAUAUUCCAACUUGGUUUUGGGACACAAUAGGCAAUAAUCUCCUGUAUUUGAAUCUCUCUCACAAUCAAAUUGAAGGGGAGCUUUUGAGAAUGCAUAUAAACACAACUUCCUCCUUUGCUAUUGUUGACUUGAGCUCAAAUAAAUUACAUGGCCAAUUACCUUAUGCAUCACAAAAUCUGAUGUUCAUAGACCUUUCAAGCAACUUGUUUUCAGGAUCGAUUGCUCAUUUCUUGUGUCAUAAACAAGAGGAGACAAUGAUGUUAGAAGUUCUUAAUUUGGCAUCAAAUAAUUUAUCAGGUAAAAUACCUAAUUACUGGAUGACAUGGCCAUAUCUUCAAAGAGUGAACUUAGAGAAUAACUAUUUCACUGGGAUCUUAAACAUAUCCAUAGGAUCCUUCCCAUGUUUGGCAACAUUGAACCUUCACAAUAAUAAUCUUUCUGGAAACUUUCCUACUUUUUUGAAGAACACGAGCAACGUGGUUUCCUUGGAUUUAAGAAGGAAUCAAUUUUCAGGAAGGAUUCCAUCAUGGGUUGGACAAAGGUUGUCAAAUUUAAAGAUCCUUAUUCUUAGAUCGAACAAAUUCACUGGUCCAAUUCCUCAUCAACUUUGUGGCAUGAGUGUUUUGCAAAUUUUAGACCUUGCACAAAAUGAGUUGACAGGACAUAUACCAAAAUGUGUCAAGCAUUUGAGUGUUAUGUCGGUAAUUAAUAGUAGUUUAGACUCAUCCAUUUCUUUUCAAGACGUUUAUAUUGAUGCAUUAUUGGUGGUUGAACCACUAUUAUUGAAAGGAAGAGUUUGUAAUUAUAGCACCAUCCUUGGUCUUAUCACAAGUAUCGACUUUUCAAGUAAUGAAUUAUCUGGAGUGAUACCAAUAAAACUUGCAACACUUGAGGGACUCCAUUUUUUGAACCUUUCAAAUAACCUUUUUAUUGGCCAAAUUCCUCAAAACAUCGGCAAUAUGAAAUCAUUGGAGUCUAUGGAUUUUUCAAGAAAUCGUAUCUCAGGUGAAAUCCCGCCAAGCAUGUCUGAGUUAAGCUUUCUAAGCUUUCUAGACUUGUCUUGCAAUAAUUUGAAGGGGAAAAUUCCAACAGGGACCCAAUUGCAAAGCUUUGAAGCAUAA